CGGAUUAGCAUAUCAGCAUUUUCUCAAGCACAACAAAGGAUGGGUUUUAGGGACGUUUGGAAGGAGUACAUGAAGAAUUCCUCUCUGCAUGGAGCUAAAUUUAUCGUGGACGAGAAGUAUCAGUACUCGGAAAAAUUUUUCUGGGUUGUUUGUGUACUCAUCUCCUGGAUGGCAUCCGUUCUUCUCAUGCAGGCGUCUCUCGAUGCUUUUCAAAACAACGCCAUUAGCUUUGUCGUGGAGACAUCCUUUCUCGAUUGGAAAACACAUUUUCCAUCAAUUGCAAUUUGUGAGGUGAAAAAUUUGGAUGGUGUUCAAGAAAUUUCAGAGCGGCUCUGGGGUGUUGAUCAUGAUUUCACUUUGGAGGAAGUUCUCAGUGAAUUAGCAUACUUUCGCGGUGAAUCCUAUCACACAGUGCAUGAAUGCGGUGGCACGGAUCCCAUUGAGGGUUGCCUCUUCUCCAACUACAGCCAAUAUGCCCAACUUGUGAGGAGCAAUUGCAAAAAGACUCUCAAAGAAUGCCAAUGGAAUGCAGAGAAGAAAUUUAAUUGUUGCGAUUACUUCUUCCCAAUGGACACAGAACUUGGCACAUGCUACACCGUAAACUCCAUUCAAACAGAGAAUCCGAAGAAAAUAAAAAUGCCAAUGAUAUCGGAUAAGUAUACAGGACCGGGAAAAUUAACAAUGGAAAUUCUAACAGAGGCUAAUAUCUACAUUCUCGGUGAGGAAGAUGUACCACAUUUGGUGGCACCUAAAUCAGAAAUGCUGUCCGUUACACCAUUUAUAUCAUAUUAUCGAGUGAUUGCAAUGAAGAACAUUGAGAAUGAUCCAGAGACGAGAGAUGUGAAUGUGGCUCAGAGAAGCUGUCGAUAUCCCGAUGAGAAUAUUCUGGAUGUUCAUAAAUUCUACAGCUACAGUGCGUGUUCUGUUCAGUGUCGAAAGGAUGCCCAGCUUAAGAUUUGCAACUGCACCAGUCACCUAAUGCCACACACACCCACCAAUUUACAUUGCAACAUAAGUGGGUUGAAUUGUUUGAAUGAGCAUUAUGAGGAAUUAUCGGUUGUCAUCCCCAAAUGGUCAUCACACGGACGGAAGGGGGUUGUGUGUGAUUGUUUGCCAUCAUGUACGGAAAUUGAUGUGUCCAUCGUGCACGACUCAAAGGACAAAGGAAUCAUGAGUGAUGCAAAGGGCAAUCGUCUGGCCAUAGCACAGGUUGAGAUUGAACUUUCAGCCCUUCCAACAGAGCGCUACAAGAGGAACGUAGUACGUGGACGAUUGGAUUUAGUGGUCUCAAUGGGAGGAACAACAGGGCUCUUUGUGGGUGCAAGUCUCCUUAGCUUCGUUGAAAUUCUCUACUAUUUCACAAUUCGUCCCUAUGGGAACUACCUAAUGGGGAAGAAACAAGAAAAGUAGUUCAGGAGCCUGUUAAGCUUCUUUAUUUCUUCUGUUUUGUGAGCAACAACAUCAAUUCCUUCCUCGCAAAUGUGAUUGCACUACACAUACGAUUUGCUACUUCCCAAUUGUGGUGGGGACACUGGACAACUCUGCCUUUUCUGCACUUCACUUUCGUUCAACAGAGUCAGUGCCCAGCAGAGUCUCAAUCCGUUUACUGGUGUGAUUUUAGAGAUCUGCUUCUUUCCUUUCGGGCGGUAAAAGUGGUCGCAUCAUUUUUGCAAAAGAUACUUUUGAACAACAAAAAUACAUUAACGUGAAAGGAACGCAGCUUCUGGUUUUGAAAAUUAUAAAAAGAGAAAAAAUCUCAUUACAAUAAAUAUUUUAAAAAAAAAUAGAGU